UUCUGAAGUUUCGAACGCCUUAUCCCGUUCGUCCCUUGUGUACAUCUCACUCACACCGCCGCGUCCGUUCACCUGGCUUCACCCCUCUGCCACGACUGGGUGUGGCGGUGGGCUACCGCCGCCGCCGCCCAACGCCAAGUGACGAGGCCUUCGUCGGUCUAUUCGCCGGCGAUGAGCACCCACCAGGGAUGGUUGCUACAAUCUGGGCAUAGCGUUGUUGAUAUCAGUGGUUCAAAGAUGGUUCUCCAUAUAACCCACAGGGCGUUCAGUUUUCGAUGCUUUGCUGCCAAUGGGCGUGGCUUUGGUGCAGAUUCUACUAAUAAGAGAAAAAUUAAAAGCAAGAAGAGGCCAAAAGAUGUUGCGCUGGAGCCGAGUGAGGUAAUAUCUGGAAAUCCAAAGAACAGGGAGCAAUGGGUGCCAGAAUUAAGAAGUGGAAGUGAAAACAAAUCUGGUAAACAAGUCAUGGAUAAGAAAUUUUUGGAAAAAGUGGAAGCAGUUCGAAGGUCUGCUCUUGAGAAAAAGAAAGCUGAAGAGAACAAAGAUUAUCAAGCUAUUGAUUAUGAUGCUCCAAUUGAGUCAGAUAAAAGUACAAUUGGCUUUGGUACUAAGGUUGGAAUUGGCGUUGCUGUUGUUGUCUUUGGACUAGUCUUCGCUUUUGGGGAUUUCCUUCCUUACGGAAGUGUUAGCCCUAGCAAAGAAAGUGCAGUAGUUAAACAAAAGCUUUCUCAAGAGGAAGAAGAAAAAUUUAAGAAUGCACUGCAAGGCUUUCAAGCAACACUGAGUAAGUCGCCUAAUGAUCCUACCGCUCUUGAGGGUGCAGCAGUAUCGCUGGUUGAACUAGGUGAGUAUGAGAAGGCAUCAACGUUCCUUGAGAAGCUAAUUAAGGUAAUCCCUGAUAAAGCAGAAGCAUACCGUUUGCUUGGUGAAGUAAAAUUUGAGCUCAAGGAUUACGAAGGGAGUUCAUCGUCAUACAGAAGCGCUUUAUCUUCAUCAGAUAAUAUUGAUUUUGAAGUUCUCCGUGGGCUGACAAAUUCAUUACUUGCUGCUAAGAAGCCAGAUCAGGCAGUUGAUAUAAUUCUGUUAUGCCGUCAAAAGUUGAAUGAAAAGAGUCAAACAGGACUAGUGGAUUUGGAGGCUGCAAAUGACAAUGAUCGCCAGAAGCCUCAAGAUAUUGACCCGAUCCAAGUUGACCUGCUUUUAGGGAAGGCUUAUUCUGAUUGGGGCCAUAUCAGUGAUGCUAUCUCCGUCUACGAUACACUAAUAACUGAACAUCCUGAAGACUUCCGUGGUUACUUAGCAAAGGGAAUCAUAUUAAAGGAAAAUGGUAAAGCAGGUGAUGCAGAAAGAAUGUUUAUUCAGGCAAAAUUCUUUGCCCCAGAGGCAGCAAAGGCACUAGUUGAUCGCUAUGCACAAAGAUAGUUUGUGAGACGAUGACAGAUUGAAUGGUGCUGUUUUGGACCAAUGAAAUUGUGCGGUCCAUUCCUAGGUGCAAAUGUAUCCGCAAGUUAGAAGGAAAUUCUAAGUAAUUUCACCGACCAUGUGCAAACAUUACAUUCAUAGACAAAAUGAGAUAUAUUUGUCAGUAAAUAGGUCACGGUUGUGUUUUACAGAGAUGACCAUCAGGAUGCUAGGAACGUCUUGUAUCAUAGCAAUAUUAUGGAAUCUGAGGCCUUGUUUAGUUCAAAAAAGUUUUAAGAUUCCCUGUCA